AUGGGAGGCUGCAUUGCCACACCUGCAAAAGCAGGUGCCUUCAAGAGGCGCAAUGACUCCUCCAACCCCGUACCCGAAUACCGCCCCGACCCGUCUCGCGUGUCUAGGCUCAUUUCGGUCCUCCGCAACCCCGCCGACGGUGACAUUCUCCACAAAUACCGGUUCGGGAAAGAGCUAGGCCGGGGCGAGUUUGGCAUCACCCGCAAGUGCUUUGACCUUCAGACGGGCGAGGCCUUGGCGUGCAAGACCAUACCCAAGAGCAAGCUCCGGACGGAGAUCGACCUUGAGGAUGUGCGGCGCGAGGUCGACAUCAUGCGCCAUUUGCCGAAGCAUCCCAAUAUUGUGCGCUUCAAGGAGGCUUAUGAGGACAAGGAGGCUGUUUAUCUUGUCAUGGAGCUCUGCCAGGGUGGUGAGCUCUUCGAUAGGAUUGUCGCGCGCGGGCAUUACACGGAGCGCGCAGCUGCUACCGUUACCAAGACCAUUAUCGAGGUUUGCAAGGUAUGCCAUGAGCAGGGAGUCAUACAUAGGGAUCUCAAACCUGAGAAUUUCUUAUUCACAGAUGCAAGUGAGACUGCUCAGCUAAAGGCAAUUGAUUUUGGCCUCUCAAUAUUCUAUGAGCCUGGUCAGCGAUUCAGUGAAAUUGUUGGGAGUCCAUAUUACAUGGCUCCAGAGGUCCUAAGACGAAAUUAUGGACCAGAAGUUGAUGUAUGGAGUGCAGGUGUUAUCCUUUAUAUCUUGCUCUGUGGAGUUCCCCCUUUUUGGGCAGAAACUGAGGAAGGAAUUGCACAGGCAAUUAUUCGGGGUAAGGUGGAUCUUGAGAGGGAUCCUUGGCCAAAGGUUUCUGAGGAAGCAAAGGAUCUAGUGAAGUGUAUGCUUGAUCCAAAUCCUUACAGCCGUAUGACAGUCCAAGAAGUCCUUGAAAAUAGUUGGAUAAAAAAUACAAAUCAUGUUCGUAAUGUUUCUUUGGGAGAAGAUGUCAGAAUAAGGAUAAAGCAGUUCUCCUUGAUGAAUAAAUUCAAGAAGAAAGUUCUUAGAGUGGUAGCAGAGAACUUGCCAGAUGAGCAAAUAUUUGGAAUAAAACAGACGUUUGAUAUGAUGGACACAGACAAAAAUGGAAAUUUGUCAUUCGAGGAGCUCAAAGAGGGCCUCCAUAUGAUUGGGCACCCUGUUGCUGAUCCUGAUGUGCAGUUGUUAAUGAAUGCUGCGGAUGUUGAUGGAAGUGGCACACUAGACUGUGAGGAAUUUGUUACGAUGUCUGUUCACCUCAAAGAGAUUGACAGCGAUGAAGUUCUGUCUCAAGCUUUUAGUGUGUUUGACAAGAACCGAAACGGGUACAUCGAGUUUGAUGAGUUGAGAGAGACUUUGGUGGAUGACAGCGUUGGUUCUAACAAUGAUCAGAUCAUCAAAGACAUCAUAUUUGAUGCUGACUUGGAUAAGGACGGUAGAAUCAGCUAUAAUGAGUUCAAGGCAAUGAUGAAGACAGGCAUGGGUUGGAAAAUGGCUUCUCGCCAAUAUUCUAGAGCACUCUUAAAUGCGCUAAGCCUCAAAUUGUUCAACGACAAAUCUAUGGAACUAAAAUUUGACUAAUUAUAUGUUGUCCCUUUCUCCCCCCAUAAACACAAAUGGAAAACGGAAACAUAAUCUCAAAUAUUCCUACCUACCUACCUCACUCCUGUUUUCCUAUUUAUUUGACUUGGUUUUGAGGAAAUAUU